CUCUCGUUAAAACUUGCUCUUCUCUCGAGCCAGCGCACACGCAUCCCUGCCGCACAUCUUCAAUCGGCAUUGCACCGCCUCAAAGGCCGACCGCUUCUUCGACCGAGCCUUGCAGCCAACAUUGACCACACACGGAGCUCUUCCAGCGGUGACUGCAGUAUGGCUAUUGGGGCGCAUUCACGCCAUGUGGGCCGUUGCCGAGGCUGCCUGGUUGUUACACGAGCCCUUGAGCCGUUGCAGAGCACUUUCCCAGCUGAACAGGUUCAUCUUCAAGCACUCAACCACCAACCUUGCCGCCCAUAUUAGCGUCAUACUUAUCAGUCGGACGUGGCUCCUCCUAUCUAACGUCUUCUAUAAUGGCUUCUCCACAGAAUGCGACCGAAAUACUGAUGUUGCCUCCGUAUGCUAAUCCAGGAUCUCGGAUCAAUCCUGUGCUUCGCAGAGAUUCGCCGCUCAGCAGUGCUUCACUCGCAACAUCUGAUUCAGAGCCGUCUUCAGACAGCACAAGGACGUCAAUAGAAUCCAAGGAAGGUCCAGGGCGUUCUCAAUCACGCCAGAAUCCAUCUCUCCCAGCUUUACCCAAAGUCCCGAGUGGCAACAAGAAGAAUGGUCAAGCCAGCAGCAAUAAGUCUCUUCGAUUUUUCGUGGUGGACCAUCCGACGAAACUCAAAGACCGGACCCAAAUGCGCGAGAAUCGCAAGCAUGUAAUGCAUGACUACCUAGACAAGGAACGACGCAAACCAAUGAGCCAUGACAUCAGGGUUGCUGGUUCCGGCACGGCCAGAAAACGAAAGCGAGUAGAAGGAGUCCUCCCUUGUCCGCGAGAGUCCUUCGCAACAGCCACAAGUACAAGUCACGCUCCCAUCCAAGACAUGCGCGGCGGAAUGAAGGCUCAGGAAGGCAUGCAAUCACUCAACACCCGGGAAUCGCAACAUAGCGAGCUUAAUAUCAAAGCAAUGCGACCUAAUGUGACCGCCGGUCAGAUCAGAUUUGUAGAUGACGAGGCGCCGCUAGUCCACGGUAUUUCAGGAGGGUUUAACAACUCGAGGUAUUUGCGAGCAAUACCAGAGAGCAUACCUCCCCUCCUAGGUGACCCGCGAUCGGCUUUGGGCUCAAAUCUGCAACCGUUUAGUAGCUGUUGGCCAGCUUUACAGGACCCGUCUUUGAAUGUCGAAGAGUUGAAAUGGAGCUGUAGUCGCAAAUUCGGUAGCCGGGGCAUUGCUAGAGAUUGGGUACCCACGUUGCUCAAAAGCAGGCAUGCGUUUCUCAGCACUAUCUGUAUCUCUGCUUCCCAUGACGAUAUCAUGCGACGAGGACUGCAAACCCCUCAGGAACGGGCACCCUUCGGAUCAGAGCAACGUAUGAAGGUCAGAUCAGAAGUGCUACAAUUGAUCAACCAAGCAUUAGCGGACCCUCAAAUGCAGACAGCGGACGCAACACUUGUGGCGGUGUUGCACGUCCUCAACAGCGAGAUCAUGGGCUGCGACGAUUCCAUCAUGCGCAUUCAUCAAGAAGGCCUGCAUAACCUGGUCCGUCAGAGAGGUGGACUUGAUCGUCUUGGCGUUGAUGGCCAACUGGCUUCAAUCCUGACGAUUACCAUGUACAUGAUCUCUGCUCUUCGCGAAACCGAACCCCAUGCAGACUUUAUCAAGUAUGGCUCGCAAAAAAGGACGAAGCCAGCGAACAACCAGAAUCAGCUUCCAGAGUCUCCGGUCUAUUGUCGCCCCUCUGGCUUUCUCACCAUCAAGCGGUCCAUAUCGCAGAGCAGUCCAACGUACAAUUUGCUUGAAAGCCUGCGACAACUGACACACGCCUUCGUGCGGAGUACGGCCUCACAUCAUGUGACGCCGCUAACGCCGGUGGAUAUGCGAGCAGCGUGGGAUCAGGAUCCGGCCACAAUUGUCUCGCUGAAAGACAAUAUCUUUGCAUUCCCCUCUUGCGAAAAUAUCGCGGAUUCUUUCCACAGCAUGAGUGACAAGUACACUUACGAGUCCUUACGUACAGUGGCACUUGUCUACGCCCACGCUCUAGCCGAAGAAAUACCACUUUCCAAAGCCGCCUCGCAACUGGCAAUGAUGAAUCAUACAAAGGUAACAUCACUACCAGUAUAUCCCAUCAGCGAGAACGCGGCAUCGACACAAAAGGAUGAAAUGAGCUGGCACCUUCUCAUCAAAGCAGCCUUGAUAAGGACCAACUUGAGCGACUGUUGGGGCCACAUGGCAGGAGUGCUAUUCUGGAUGUCUUUAAUUGCCGGCGCCUGUGCGAAUCCAGACUCACCUUCCAACAAGCCCCGGCGCGAGCUUUCUCCCGAAGAGGAAGAAGGUCGUAAAUGGCUUGCUGCCAUUGCAGUCAGAUGUAGUAUUGUGCUCAGCUUUGAGUACGGAGGUGCUAUACUCGAAACGCUCAAAAGAAUGGUCGGGAUUGAGCAGGCUUUGGCGAAAGCAGAGGCUGAGAGAGGAGCGCUCGGGGAGUGGUUUUCACGCGAAGAUGUGGUUUAUGGACCAACGAUGAACACACAUGGUGGGACGGAGGGAGGAUCGUGUGGAACGGCGCAACAAUCGUAUGCGUCGAAUACCUUUGCGGAUUUUGCCCACGAUUUCUUGAGCGAUUUUAUGUGAUCGAUAGAUGUGUCGAUAGCUCGACCAGCGUUGCUAAUUCACGCUUGCACGG